UGGAGAUCAGACACCGAACCCCAGACCUUUAUCUCCUUGGCUUAGCACCCCUCCAAAGGAUCUUGUUGAGUCCUUUCAUAUCCCAGUUGAGAACUCACAUCCAAUAAAAGAUGACUGGACUUCAUUGACUUGACAAGAGAAACCAGACCAAGGACAAAGGAUCGCAGUGGAGUCUGUGUGAUUGACCUGACAAGUACUGAAGAAGAAAAUAGACCUAUUGCCACUCUUGACUUGACUUUAGAACAUGUCACUCCUUCCCAGAAGGAGCCAACCAAUCUUCAGACAUGCGCCAGCCUCUCCAACAAAGAGGCGGUCGAAGGACGGGUGGACAGAAGCUCUCGGCCUGCCACACGGAGAAUUAUUAACAGUGACCCUGUGGAUUUGGAUCUGCUGGAAGAAGCCUCAUUUGAAGGUCCCCAACUCCCUACACCUAUCAGUGGGAACUCUGUUUAUCCAGCAGAGCCGGAUUGUAGUUCAGCCACAUUCAGAAAUGACCUCAGCUUCUUGGCAAGCUUACAGCUGUCUUCAGAUGUCAGCUCCCUCUCCCCAGCAAGCAACAGUGGUAGCAGCAACAAUCAAAGGGCACACUUGCCAUGCUUACAGCAAGAUGUGCCUUGCCUGCUACGAGCUUUGCCAUGUCCACUAAGAGCUUCACCAUGUCCCCCACGAGCCUCCUCCUGCCCACCACGAGCCUUGUCAUGCCCAUCACAGACCAUGCAGUGCCAAUUACAAGCUUUGCCUCAUCCACCUCAAGAAGUGUCAUGCCCUCCUCAAGAUGUGCCAUACCCUCCCCAGGGUGUGCCAUGCCCUUCUCAGGGUGUGCCAUACCUUCCUCAGAGUGUGCCGUGCCUUCCUCAAAAUAUGCCAUGCCCUCCUCAAGGUGUGCCAUGCCCUCCUCAAAAUAUGCCAAGCCCUCCUCAAAAUAUGCCAUUCCUUCCUCAAGGUGUGCCAUGCCCUCCUCAAGGUGUGCCAUGCCCUCCUCAAGGUGUGCCAUGCCCUCCUCAAGGUGUGCCGUGCCCUCCUCAAGGUGUGCCAUGCCCUCCUCAAAAUAUGCCAAGCCCUCCUCAAAAUAUGCCAUUCCUUCCUCAAGGUGUGCCAUGCCCUCCUCAAGGUGUGCCAUGCCCUCCUCAAGGUGUGCCGUGCCCUCCUCAAGGUGUGCCGUGCCCUCCUCAAGGUGUGCCGUGCCCUCCUCAAGGUAUACCAUGCCCUCCUCAAAGUGUGCUACGUGUUCCUCAAAAUAUAACAUGCGUUCCUAAAGAUGUGCCAUGCCCUCCUCAGAAUGUGCCAGACCCAUCUCAAAAUGUGCCAUGCCCUCAGCAGACUAUGCCAAGCCCAUUUCAAGAUCCAUCAUGGCAUCCUCAAUACUCAGCAAGCUCACCUCAAGACUCUCUGGGCCUACCUCAAAAUAUACCAGGCCCUCCUCAAAAUACAUCAUAUCCACAAGAUGUGGCACAUCUACAGGACAUGCCCCAGUCACUGGGACACAUGCCACAGUCACCAGGCAAUGCUCCACAGUCACCUGGAGAUGUACCCCAGUCACCAGGCGAUGUGCCACACCUACCAGCGGAUGUGUUCCAUUUACCUGGAGAUGUGCAGCGCUCAUCAGGAGACAUGUCAUGCUCACCUGGAAAUUGGCCUCUUUUACCUCGAGGUAGGCUUGCCUGUCCCCAGAAUGGUGCCAAGAACCAUGACACUCCUAUGGAUAUGUCAGCUCCAUCCUCUUCAAGCUGCUCUCCCAGCCCCCCGUCUCCACAGUCAGAAACUUCCUUAGAGAAAGUUCCAUGGCUCUCUGCCAUGAAAACCCCAACCAGAAAAGACAUAGCAGCGUUGGAGCCUGCCAUCUCCGUGUCUGCCCAGGUGCGGGCACAGACACCACAAAGUGGGCUGUAUAACAGACCAUGCCUACAUAGACUGAAGUUCUUCUUACGCCCACCAGUACACCAUCUCUUCUUCCAGACAUUGAUACCGGACAGAGACACAAAAGAGAGCAAGGGUCAAAAAUUAGAACCCAUUCCUCAUCGAAGACUAAGAAUGGUGACAAACACCAUUGAAGAAAAUUUUCCUCUAGGAACUGUGCAGUUUUUGAUGGACUUCGUGUCUCCCCAGCAUUACCCACCCAGAGAAAUCGUGGCUCACAUCAUCCAGAAAAUCCUUCUCAGUGGCUCUGAGACAGUUGACGUCCUAAAGGAAGCCUACAUGCUUCUCAUGAAAAUUCAACAGCUACAUCCAGCCAGUGCCAAGACUGUGGAGUGGGAUUGGAAACUGCUCACCUAUGUCAUGGAAGAAGAGGGACAGACCCUGCCUGGGCGAGUCCUUUUUCUACGUUACGUAGUACAGACCCUGGAGGAUGACUUCCAGCAGAUCCUGAGGAGGCAGCGGCAGCACCUGCAGCAAUCCAUUGCAAACACCGUGCUGUCCUGUGACAAGCAGCCCCACAAUGUCAGGGAUGUUAUCAAGUGGCUGGUCAAAGCAGUGACUGACAAUGGACUGACUCAACUCAGUGGGAAUCAGACCUCUUCAGGAACAGCGGCCUCAAAGGCCAGCGGUAGCAACCCUUCUUCUCAGCCCACCCUUACAAAGAACGCCAAUCAAGUGACCGUGUGCCAGCUCCAGCGGAUGCUGUCCCUCGCUGUCGAGGUGGACAGGACCCCCACCUGCAGCUCCAAUAAAAUCGCUGAGAUGAUGUUCGGGUUCGUGCUGGACAUUCCCGAGAGAAGUCAGAGGGAGAUGUUCUUCACCACGAUGGAAAGCCACCUGCUGCGCUGCAAAGUGCUGGAGAUCAUCUUCCUCCACAGCUGCGAGACGCCCACUCGCCUGCCCUUGUCUCUGGCCCAGGCCCUCUACUUUCUGAACAAUUCCACGUCGCUGCUCAAGUGUCAGUCCGAUAAGACCCAAUGGCAGAUUUGGGAUGAGCUGGUGGAGCACCUGCAGUUGCUGUUGUCCAGUUACCAACAUGUUUUAAGAGAACACUUGCGGAGUUCAGUGAUUGAUCGAAAAGAUUUAAUAAUCAAAAGGAUUAAGCCCAGGCCCCAGCAAGGAGACGACAUCACGGUGGGGGACGUGGAGAAGCAGAUCGAGGCUUUCCGCAGGCGCCUGGUCCAGCUGCUGGGGGCACCUCUGGUCCCCCAGCUCCAAGACAAAGUGCACUUGUUGAAGCUCCUGCUCUUCUACACCGCGGGCUUGAACCCCGACGCAGAGCCCUCGUGACAGGACUGGAGCGGCCCCUGAAGGCCUUCCGAGCACCCAGGCCAGGAAUACCUCCUGGCCCUGCAGCCCAGUACCAGCAGCCUGCAAGCAUGAACAGCAGUUAACCCUCACAGGACCAAGCCUUUCCUAUUUAUCUGUAGAUCCUAACAACUUUGUAACUUUAAAAAGACCUUUUUUUUUUUCUUUUUGAUAAUCCAGUCCUCUCCUAGCCUGUUCUCAAAUAUGGCUUAAAUAUACAAGGUGUAUAUAUUUUUUAAU